GGUACAGUGUUGCCUCCUCUGCCCCGUCCUCCUCCAGCCUUCGCCAUGUUGUCUGUCUGAGUUUGUUGCACAAGUUUACUGUUUUGUUUUCUUUUGUUUUUCUUGCGUUGAAAACAACAAGAUGUCGAACGUGUCAUAUCACGUGUCCAACCUGUUGGAGAAAAUGACGUCUACUGACAAAGACUUUAGGUUCAUGGCCACGAAUGACCUGAUGCUGGAGCUGCAGAAGGACAGCAUCAAACUGGAUGAGGACAGUGAGAGGAAGGUGGUGUCCAUGCUGCUCAAACUGCUGGAGGACAAGAACGGGGAGGUGCAGAACCUGGCAGUGAAAUGCCUGGCGCCUCUGGUGAGUAAGGUGAAAGAGCCUCAGGUGGAGACGAUGGUGGACACGCUGUGCUCCAACAUGGUGUCGGACAAGGAACAGCUGAGGGACAUUUCCAGUAUGGGACUGAAGACGGUGAUCGCCGAGCUGUCGCUGUCCUCGUCAGGUUUGACUCUGACGACGAGCGUCUGUAAGAAAAUCACCUCACAGCUGAUCGGCGCCAUGGGCAAACAGGAGGACGUGUCCGUCCAGCUGGAGGCCCUGGACAUCCUGUCGGACAUGUUAGGACGGCUCAGUGGUGCACUGGUCGGCUUUCAUAGCUCUUUGCUCUCCAGUCUCCUCCCUCAGUUGACCAGCCCCAGAAUGGCGGUCAGGAAGCGCUCCAUCUUGGCUCUCGGUCACCUGGUGCCGUGCUGCAGCCCCGCCCUCUUCUCCCAGCUCACCCAGCACCUGUUGACGGAGCUGGCCAAGGCUCCGCCCACGUCAGUGACCAGGACGUACAUCCAGUGCCUGGCGACCAUCAGCCGGCAGGGCGGCCAUCGAGUCGGCGAGCAUUUAGAAAAACUGAUCCCCAUGGUUGUUAAAUUCACCGAUGUGGAGGAUGAUGAGCUGAGAGAGUACUGUUUCCAUGCCUUUGAAGCCUUUAUACGCAGGUGUCCAAAGGAGAUGUCCCCCCAUGUUGCCACGGUGACCAAGCUCUGUCUUAAGUUCAUGACGUUUGACCCCAACUACAACUACGACGAGCAUGACGAUGACGACAGCAUGGACAUCGAGGACGGCUUCGAUGACGAAUCAGACGACGAGUACAGCGACGACGACGACAUGAGCUGGAAGGUGCGGCGCUCGUCCAUCAAGUGUCUGGAGGCGCUGAUCGACUCGCGCCGCGACCUCCUCCUCUCCUUCUACGCCUCCAUCUGCCCGCCGCUGCUCGCACGCUUCAAGGAGCGCGAGGAGAACGUGAGGGCGGACGUCUUCGCCGCGUUCUCCACGCUGCUGAGACAGACGCGCGUGACCACCAGUCACCACGGCCUGGCGUCCGACCCGGGGGCGAGCAGGGCGGAGGAGGAGGAGGAGCCGGCGGUCGCUGUGCUCAAGAAACAGGUGCCGCUCAUCGUGAAGGCUCUCCACCGGCAGAUGAAGGAGAAGAGCGUCAAAUCUCGACAGGGCUGCUUCUGUCUCCUCACUGAACUCACCCACACUGCACCUGGAGCACUGGAACAGCAUAUACCUGCUUUAAUCCCAGGGAUCGUCUUCUCACUGACAGACAAGUCCACGUCGUCCACCAUGAGGAUCGACGCUCUGUCCUUCUUCCACGUCCUCCUCCUCUCUCACCCUCCUCACGCCUUUCAGCCUCACAUGCAGGUGCUGCUGCCCCCGGUGGUGGCCUGUGUAGAAGACACUUUCUAUAAGAUCACGUCGGAGGCUCUGCUGGUCACUCAGCAGCUGGUCAGGGUCAUGAGGCCGCACGGGGCAACUGCCGUCGCAGGAUUCAACCCCAAACCGUUUGUCAGAGAGGUGUUCCCUGUGACGCUGAAGAAGCUCAAAGCGACAGACAUCGACCAGGAAGUGAAAGAGCGGGCCAUUUCCUGUAUGGGUCACAUGGUGUGUCACCUUGGCGAUCACCUGGGGGCGGAGCUACCGGGCGUUUUGGCGAUCUUUCUGGAGAGGUUAAAGAACGAGAUUACGAGACUGAUGGCCGUCCGGACCCUUACGCUUGUCGCCGCUUCUCCAAUAAAGGUGGACAUGUCGUCCAUCCUGCCCGAGGCUCUGUCCGUGUUGGGAUCUUUCUUGAGGAAGAACCAGCGAGCCCUGAAGCUCGGCUCGCUGGCCUGUCUGACCGCGCUGGUCACUCAUCACGCCGCCAGCAUCAAACCCGCGGCGCUGGAGCCUGUGACGAGUGAACUCCCCGCUCUGGUGGACGAGGGGGACAUGCACGUGUCUCAGGUGUCCAUCUCCCUGCUGACCUGCAUGACCUCAGCCUUUCCCUCCUCUCUGGCUAAGAUCAGCGCGUCCGUGCUGCCCGGCGUCUUCAGACUCGUCCACUCUCCCCUGCUGCAGGGCGGCGCUCUGGCCGCCAUACUGAACUUCAUGAAGGCGCUGGUGCUGUCCAAAACCAGCAACACGGGCUACAGUCAGUUGCUGAAGUCUCUCACCGAGCCGUUUCACAGAUCUCACUCCUCGAUGGACGGCGGCGUCAUCCACAGACAGUCCUACCACUCUGUCGCUUGCUGUGUGGGUGCGCUGUCCUCAGCUUGUCCCAAAGAGACACCGGGCACCGUCUCCAGCCUCAUACAGGAGGUGAAGAAUCCCGGCUCUCCUGAGUCGGCUCGUGUCCUGGCUCUGUUGUGUCUCGGGGAGGUGGGGAGGAGCGGCAGUCUGGGAGGAAGUAAGGAGGUGCAGGGGGUCAUCCUGGAGGCCAUCACCUCCACCAGUGAGGAGGUGAAGACGGCGGCGUCCUGCGCGUUAGGCAGCAUGGCGGUCGGGAGUCUGAGCGACUACCUGCCCUUCCUUCUGAAGGAGAUCUCCACCCAGCCACGCAGACAGUACCUGCUUCUGCACUCCCUCAAAGACGUCAUCAGUGCCUGUCCAGCAUCUAGUCUCUCGUCUCACGUGGAGUCUAUCUGGGCGUUGCUGAUCCAUAACUGCGAGUGUCAGGAGGAGGGAACCAGGAACCUGGUGGCUGAAUGUUUGGGAAAACUGACCCUGGUCAACCCUGCGCUGCUCUUACCCAGACUGAAACAGCAACUAAAAGCUGGUUCUCCUUUGACUCGCAGCACAGUGGUCACGGCUGUCAAGUUCACUAUUGUUGAUCAUCCUGCUCCUAUAGAUUCACUGCUGAAGGACUGUAUAGGUGAUUUCUUAACGACCCUCCAGGACGGAGACAUCAACGUGCGCCGCGUCGCCUUGGUGAUGUUCAACUCGGCGGCUCAUAACAAGCCGUCACUGAUCCGCGGUCUGCUGGUGAAGGUGCUGCCUCACCUGUACAGAGAGACGCAGAUCAGGAAGGACCUCAUCAGAGAAGUGGAGAUGGGUCCGUUCAAACACACGGUGGACGACGGUCUGGACGUGCGUAAAGCAGCGUUCGAGUGCAUGUACACUCUGCUGGACAGCUGCCUGGAGGGACUGGACGUCCUCAACUUCCUGGAUCACGUAGAGGAAGGACUCAAAGAUCAUUAUGACAUCAGAAUGUUGACCUUCCUGAUGCUGGCCAGACUCGUCUCUCUGUGUCCUGCUGCGGUUCUGCAGAGACUCGACAGACUGGUGGAGCCGCUCAAAGCUACCUGCACCAGCAAGGUGAAGGCUGGUUCUGUGAAGCAGGAGUUUGAGAAGCAGGAGGAGCUGAGACGCUCCGCCAUGCGCGCCGUCGCCGCCCUGCUGGCCGUGCCCGAGGUGGAGAGGAGCCCCAGCAUGGCCGACUUUGCCAACCAGAUCCGAACCAACGCCGAGAUGGCGUCCAUUUACCAGAGCGUACAGGGAGGGGAGGGACACUCGGAGAGCAUGGACAUGAGCUAAACACUGGACAAUCAUCAUCAUCAUCAUCAUCAUCAUGUUUUUUUAUUAACGGUUUAAAGAUACAGAUCAAAAUUUACAUUUUGAAUUGUAUCUAAAUCUGCUUCAGUCUAUGACAUCUUAAGAAUAUGUUUACCACUUUAUCUCACUGUGAACUGAAGUUUGUGAUGCUCUGUGAUCUGGGAGCUGUUCACGCUUCCAAACCAAACCCCACAGAGAAAAUCUGUGAUGAUCCACUGCUGCCUCCAUCGGUAAGUUCAAAUGUUAUUUUGUGACUUCAAUGUUUGAAAUCCUUUGUUUAGAUUUAGUGAAGAGACACAAACUUACCAAACAAGGCAGCAGUGAAAGAGCAGCUCCUGUGUCCCCACAUGCUAAAUCGCGAUGUUCUCUAUGGAGUUUGGUGCAGGAGCGUGAGCGGUGUAAAAACUGUCUUAUUCUUCAUGUAUUGUAGACUUGAGUAAGUGUUGAUUUUGAGUGUUGAUCAUUGUGUCCCUGUUGGGAGUUUUCAGUGUCGGAGUUUCACCAGAGUUCAUACACACAGUGCAGUCAGCACCUCAUACAACCUUGCAUCAAAAAAACUCAACUAUCCCUUUACAUUUGUCACUGAUAAAUAAAACGGUUUUAGCACAAA